AUGGAUGACGCAAGAAAUGAGCCAUUGUCAUGCCCCUUCUGCGAGUUCAGCGAUCAUGAUAGCUAUUUUCUGAGCCAGCACGCUGAAGUCUGUCACCCAGAGGAAGAGAAGUCGCCUUCCGACAGGCACGAUGACAGCGAAGCGGCAAUCAGAACGGCCGAGGAAAACUUUCAACGUGUGCAAUGUCGCUUGACGAAUGAACAUGGUGACAGAAACUCGUAUAUCGAUUGUCCACAUGGCUGUGGAGAAUCCGUGACAACCGCUGAACUGCAAACCCACCUGGAUUUGCACGUUGCAGAAACGUUAGCACUCGAAGAUUCCGGGAAGUUUGACGACCGGAUCCAUAGGGCGAACUGUGAAAAUAGUGACUUCCGCGGCUCUUUCGAGAUCGAGCAGUGUUUGUCAGAUGCUCAACAUUUAGCCGCCUCACACGAUCACGACCCGGUUUUGAAGGUGAAAUCGUCGGAAACUGGACGUCGACGUGAGAUUCGUGAGACGGCCACUCAUACAGGAGGCAGUAUAAAGAGACUAGGGCGCGCGGAAUUGGGCCCUUAUGCUCAUGAAAAGCAGAUGCCGGCAUGGUUGCGGAAGCUACUGCAGAAUGGGGCUAAAGUGACCAGAUUGAACAAAAUAGGUCCCAAUGGCUCAAUCCUGAGGGAUGAGAUUGUCGAAAACGAGACCUCUCAGGUCAUUCCCGUUCUAAUGCAGCUUUGCCAACAAGAUAGCUCUGUUCAGCGUGCUUUUUUCUGCAGCCCCAAAGUCCGACAUAUUUUCAAAUUACCCAGGGAAGGGGGGUUUUGUGGCUAUAGGAACAUACAAAUGCUCAUUUCUCACAUUAAGGAAGCUCAGAGGCCUGGUCAUGAGCAUUUUCCUGGCAGAGUGCCCUCUAUUCUUGAACUACAGGACCUGAUCGAGCGCGCCUGGGACAUGGGAUACAACAGCACUGGGAGGAUCGAAACAGGAGGUAUAAAAGGCACAAGGAAAUACAUUGGUACUCCGGAGGCACAGGCUCUCUUUCUUAGCCUCGGGAUAAGAUGUGAAGCCAGCGCAUUCAGUAGGACCGAAUCGAUGCGUGCGCACGAUGCUUUGCUACAGGCUGUGGCGGCCUAUUUUCGAUCAGGCUGCUCGGUAGACGGAGAGGAGAAAGUCUUGAAAACCGAUUUGCCCCCGAUCUAUUUCCAACACCAGGGGCACUCCAUGACUAUCAUUGGCUUCGAAGUCAGGGAGAACGGCAGCGCAAACUUGCUUGUGUUUGAUCCGAUGUUUAAGACCUCGCCAGCAAUAAAACGGCUGAUCGGGCAAUCUGUGAAGGCUUCGGAUCCUGCCCGACUGAUGAAGGCAUGGAGGAGAGGAGUCCCUUACUUGCAAAAGUACAAUGACUUUGAAUUACUACGGUUAUGUGUCUAG